UACAGGGGAAAAACAAGGAAUGUCAGUAAAAAGUCAAAAAUGAACUAAUAAUGCCAUCUAGUGGCAUUCCGGUGUAGCUAACCCUCAGCAAAAAUUCAAGAUACAACAAUCGUUGAUGUCCAAGUUAUAGAAACUUAUUUGGUUGUUUGAACAUGGCAAGAAUCAUGAACGUCCGCGCGCGAAAAUGCAAAAAUCGGGAAUGUCACUUUGACAGCUCGGCCUACGGCGUGUGGCCGGCGUCAUUGACUGACGUAUUUCACUUGUCGUUUGUCGGUUUUGUGCGCAUGUUUAAUUCAAUUUAAAUGAUUUGUUGCAUAAUAAAGUUAUAAAUUUUAACUAUGUCGAGCAGCAGUGAUGAGAACACGCGGGUGAAGUCACCAGAACGAAAAAAAGUGCGGAAAGGUCGCGUAAGAGAUGUGAUGAAAAUAAUAAAUUUACAAAGUCAUGAAAGUGGUGAAGACUGUGGUUGUAAACGUUUGAAAUGCUUUGAAACUGUAAGGGAAGUAGAAAGGCGCAAGCUUCUUAAUCAUUUGAAUAGUUUAGAAUCAGUAACUGAACAAAAUACUUACUUGUGUUCCAUGAUAUCAGUCCAAAAUGUUAAGCAGCGAAGAUCACGCAAACCAGAAGAAGAGGCAAAAGGUCAUGAUUCUUCAUAUUCGUAUAUUGUAAAAGUAGUUAGAGAGCAAGUUUGCGUGGAAAUUCCUAUAUGUUUUAAAGCCUUUUGUUCAAUUUUUGGGAUAACCAAGGCAAAAGUGCAGUAUCUCCAAGCUAGCCUAAAGUUUUCUGGAACUCCACCAGUAGAUAAGAGAGGCAAACAUCAUAAUCGUCCGAACAAAUUGAAAACUCGAGUAUUGAAUGAUAUUAAAGAACACUUAAAAUCUUUUAAGGGACGCUCCAGCCACUACAGUAACAAAAAAACCUCAAAAAUUUAUCUUCCAGAAGAAUUUAAUAUCAGGAAGGUAUACACACUUUUCGUAGAGAAGUAUCCACAUCAUAAGCUGUCCUAUGAGGCAUAUAGAGCAGAAUUCAAGAAAUACAAAAUUUCUUUCGGCUACCCAAGGUCGGACACUUGUAGCACAUGUGAUAAAAUGAAUGCUGAAUUGAACUCUCUAGCUAAACAAGAGAGCACACCAGAAAUCAAGCAACAAAUUAAAGAUUUGGAAACAGCAAAGAAAUUACAUCUCACCAAAGCUGGAGUUUUCUAUGAGAGAAAGAAAAAUAAAAAAAUAAAAGCAAGAAAUGAUCGUGACUUUGAAGCAAUUGCAGUUGAUUAUCAAAAAAACAUUUCAUUACCAAACAUUACAACGAAUGAUGUCUACUAUAAAAGACAACUGUCUAUGUACACCUUCAACAUACAUGUUUUAUCAACUGGACAAUCAUAUUUUUACUGCUAUCCAGAGACUUCUGCAAAGAAGGGAUCGAAUGAAGUAAUGUCAUUUCUUCAUCAUUUUAUAAUCAAUUACCUAGAUAAAAGAGUAAAACAGCUCAGCAUCUUUUGUGACUCAGCAGGUGGACAAAAUAAAAAUUACAAUUUGAUAAAAUGGCUUCAUUUUAUAACAAACAAAAGUAACUUGCUGAAUCGGGUGGAUAUCACAUUUCCCAUUAGAGGCCACUCCUAUAUGGAAUGCGAUAAGAACUUUGGAAUUAUAAAAUUGAAAACCAAAAUGGAAAUGCCACGUGAUUUUUAUGAACUCAUCGCAAAUGCACGGGCAAAACCCAGCCCUUUUCAAGUGAUAAAUGUUGAAGAGGAUCCACGGAUUGUCAGAGAUUGGGCUGAAUUUCUUAAAGACCCAAUCUACAAGAAAAUGUGUCCUUUUAAAAUACAGGAAAUCCGGGAACUGUAUUGCUUAUCUGAAAAAUCAUAUAUUUACCAUCGCAGCAAUUAUAAUGGCCUGUACUCAAAGGGAAUAAUUAUUGCUGCAAAAAAGAAAGGUCAGCCUCAGAAUACUCAAGUCACUCAAACACCAUGUCAAGGCGGGGAAUUCUAUUUGCCAAAUGCUGCAUAUGAAGGGCCCAUAGCAAUAUCAAAGGAAAAGUACAGUGAUCUCCAAGGCUUGAAGAAAUUUUGUUCACAAGAAGCACAAGUUUUUUAUACUAAUCUGCCACAUUUAACCUAACUUCUUAGGUUUAAUUUAAAGAGAAUUCAAUAAUAAAAUCAAUUACUUAAAUAA